GUAUUCUGAUAUACGACCACAUGACGACCCUACCUGAAGAAAUCGCUUUUAUUUGGCGUCGUCCGAAAGCGCUGUCUGCGAUAUUAUUUCUGCUCAAUCGUUAUUUCGCUCUGCUUGUCAAUAUCUCCGGCUUAGUUUUAAGCUUCGUGCCGCUUUCAGUGGAGAGAUGUCCGGAAUACCAGCUAUACAGACAGCUAACCUUUAUUUUCCAAGCAGUCAUCGUUUGUUUUAUAAUGACCAUUCGCACUUAUGCUCUCUACGGCGGUAGCAAGCGCCUGCUUACUUGGAUGACAAUCACAAUGAUUACUCUUGCGAUAAUAGUUUCUGUGGAAGGUUUGGGGCGUUAUAUGGGCGAUGCGGUCCUUUUGCCAGGAGUUGGUUGCUAUGAAACAUAUACAGCAGUGACAGCAGCCCGUCAGUGAAUCCCAAGUCUAAUUGCAUGUCACGACCUUAUCCAACUACAGGUCUUGGGCUAGCAUGGGUAGCCGAAAUGGUAUUCGAAUUACUGAUAUUCAUCCUCAUAGUGUACAGGAUUUGCAAAACUAAAGGUUUGCUGAGGUUAUCUCUAGUCACCAGGAGAAAUAUCAUCAAUAUCAUAUUUCACGAUGGU